UUUUUUUUUAAUAUUUCUCUUCUUUUUCUUUCUUUUUUUUUUUCCUUUUUGUUCUAUUGUGUUGUCUAAUAUGGUAAAGCUUACAGCAGAAGAAAUCGAUGCUCAAGAUGCUGCUCGAUUAAAUGAAUUAGGUUAUAAACAAGAAUUAAAACGUGAAUUAACAUCUAUUGGUAAUAUGGGUAUGGCUCUUUCUGUGGUCUGUAUAUCAAGUGGAUUGACUUCAUUAUUUGCCUAUGGUUUGAAUACUGGUGGUCCUGUGGUGAUGGUAUGGGGUUGGGUUGGCGUCUGUUUCUUCACUGUUCCUGUUGCCUUGGCCAUGGCUGAAAUUUCAAGUGCAUAUCCUACUAGUGGUGGUCUUUACUAUUGGGCAGCUCAAUUAUCUUCACGAAAAUAUGCUCCUUUUGCAAGUUGGAUGACGGGAUGGUACAAUCUCAUUGGUCAGUUUGCCGUAACAGCAGGCAUUGAUUUUGGUAUUGCUUUAAUGAUAGGUGCUUUAAUCAACAUUGGUACUGAUGGAGCUUGGGCACCUACCGCUGGAAGUACUGUGGGCAUUCAUGUUGCUAUUUGUUUUAGUCACGGUAUUACUAAUAGUUUAGGACCUCGCGUCAUGACAACUAUUAAUACUAUGAGUACAGUAUGGCAGGUUGUAGCACCUGUUGUUAUUUUGAUUACCAUUGCUUGUAAAGCACCUACUCAUCAAUCCGCUUCCUUUGUAUUUGGUUAUUACAACAAUAAUACUGGCUGGACAAUGCCUGGAUAUGUCAUUUUGACUGGUUUAUUACAAGCUCAAUUUACUAUGACUGGAUAUGAUGCAUCAGCUCAUCUUAGUGAAGAAACAAAACGCGCCAAUAUAGCAGCUCCUGUUGGAAUGGUGAUGGCUGUAUUAGUGAGUGCUGUAAUGGGAUGGUGCUUUAUCAUUGGAUUUCUCUUUUGUAUACAAGAUUUCGAAGCGACUCUUCAAACCACAACCAAUUUCCCGGUGAUGCAAAUCAUCUUUGAUAGCGUUGGUAGAUCUGGUGCUAUUGUGUUGAUGGUGAUUCUUAUCUUGGCAUGUUGGUUCUGUGGAUUUGCAAGUGUUACAGCAAACUCGAGAAUGAUUUAUGCAUUUUCACGUGAUGGUGCCAUGCCGGGUAGUCAGCAUUGGCAUGUUAUUCAUCAAAAGACAAAGACACCCUUGAAUGCAGUGUGGCUCUCUGUUUUGAUUGCAUCUCUUCUUGGACUACCUUCUCUUGGAAAUUCCACUGCAUUCUCGGCCAUCACUUCAGUAGCUACUAUUGGAUUAUACAUCUCUUACGGAAUCCCUAUUGUUUGUAAACUUUUGAAUCAAAAGCAAUUUACAAGAGGUCCACUUCAUCUAGGUGUGUUAUCCCCUGUUAUUGGAAGUAUUGCCGUGUUAUGGAUUAUCUUUAUCACUAUUCUAUUUGUAUUACCGCCCCAAUCUCCUGUUACGCCUAUAUCAAUGAACUAUGCCUGUCUCGCUAUUGGUCUGGUGACUUUGGGUGCUGGAGGUCGAUUCGCCAUUGAUGCUAGAGUUUGGUUCAAGGGUCCGAUAACCAAUUUGGAUGCUGAAUUUGGACAAAAGAAACAAGUACAAGAAUCAGUCGAUAAUCAUGAUGACAUUCAUGAAAAAGUAGCUUUAGAACCUUAGUAUAAUCUUCAUGGAUGAAUAAAAUUGAAUCUAAUAUAGUUAA